AUGGCGCAUCUUGGCUUUGACUAUCUUCUUGCAGUAGCCAUGUUUCAACGCCUUCGUGGCCGUCAAUUUGAGAGCCAUCUUCUAGCCAAGGUCGGGCUAGCCAUUACCAUUAGCGCCAACGCGUGGACCGACGCCGGGCACGCCGUCAACCAUCGCUACGACAUCCUCUACAUGAUGGGCCGCGACGACAUCCCCGUCGGCGUCGGUGGCGACGGCGGGAUAUCCGACGCCGGCGACGUACAACGCAGCGUCGGUGGCUACCUACCACUCAUCGACCAGGGCAUGUCGACGGCCGGCGGCUGCCGGUACCGGCAGGCCAUCCCGCUCCCGGGGCGGCUGGACGUCGACACGGGUCCGGAAGGGCUUCCUCCCGCAGGGUUCCCGGGGGGCUUCUACAUGUGGGACCAAUUUGCCGCCGGCGUGGCCCUCUCCAGCAUGCGCCAUGGCGAAACCGGCAGCAGCAAUCAUGAGUUUGCCGAGCUUGAGUACAUGAACAUCACCGUGAGGGUGGAGUUCACAGUGGCCAUCUUGAGACUGGGAUCAGAGAUCCCUUUUGUCUGGUGCCGGGAAGCAACAGAGGCAGAUGCCAGGAUGGGUACACAAGUGUCCGGUCCAGAAGCAGUUCAGGUGCUUGUCGCAACAAGCACGAAGCCGAACACCAAUAAGAAUAGCCCACUGGAUAAGGAAUUUUCGGAGAGAUUCCUAGAGGUUCUAAAUCUCCCAAAAAAACACUGGCCGUUUCAACAUAAGUACACAGUUCCAUAUUACAGAGAGGUUCUCUACAAGCUGGAUUUCAUGAAUGUAAGUAGGGGCAAGCCAGUCAUUUUUGACAUGGACAUGAGCCCUGGAGAUUUUGUGUCACUCAUAUACCUCCUGAAAGAACCUAGACAUGAAAUUGAUCUGAAGGUGAGACAAAAUAUUGCAGUUAAUAAUGUGGUUCGCUCUCUUUUGUACACUGAAUGCCUGACAAACCUCACUCUACUAAUCAUUUUAGGCUGUUUGAUCAAUGCAAAUGGCUGGGCUAAUAGUGCUAGCAUUGACAUUGUUUAUGAUGUUCUACAUAUGAUGGGCCAUGACGACAUUCCAGUAGGUCUUGGCAAUUCUACUGCAUUGGGCAGUCCAACCCUUGGUUGCAACAAUUCUUAUGCUAUCCCUCUUGGAAGUGGUGGAUUUGUAGAUUCAGACACAUUGUAUGGACUGGCUCGGUCGUUGCCAAGAAGUCCUCGAAGGUUCACUUCUGAUGAUUUAGAUCAUCCCGAACGCCGGCACCCACAUGCUUUUGAUGUUUGGCAGUCAGUUAGGAAGCAACUUGGUCUAGGUCAGAAGAUCACGGUUCUUACCAGCGGACCUCUCACCAAUCUAGCCAGCAUUUCACUAUCUGACAUGGACGCCAGCUCUGUCAUAGAGAGAGUUUAUGUUGUCGGUGGACUCAUUAGAGAUGGAAGUGAUGAGAAGGGAAAUGUGUUCACUGUUUCCUCAAACAGAUAUGCAGAGUUCAACAUGUUCCUCGAUCCACUGCAGCAACUUCAGAGGAAGCAGAAAAUCUAUCACCACAUGGUAAGUGACCUCUAUGGCAAAAGUGCAUUAGUAACUUCAAUUUGUUCCAUAGCCUAA